AACUUCUAUCAAGAGUAGUAGUAUUUAUUAUCCUUUCAAGGAGUUGUAUGAUAGAUGCGGCGGAAAUUGGAAGCGGGGGUUUUGAGGUUCUUGCAGUCUGUGGAACAAGCCUCUGGCAUGGUUGAGACACCAUCAGGAAGUAUGCAAAUAACAAUAGGAAAGUAUCACACCUUAGCGAUCAGCAACUCCUCGGUCUAUUCAUGUGGUUCUAGCUUGUGUGGUGCACUUGGUCAAGGGUCUGAAACAACACAGCUUCCAGCAUUGGCCCGAAUCAGUUUCCCACCUUUGGCGCAUGUCAAGCAUGUUUCAGCCUCCUAUAACCAUGCAGCUUUUGUUAUGCAAUCUGGAGAGGUAUACACUUGUGGAGAUAAUUCGUAUUUCUGCUGUGGUCAUAGAGAUACAAAUCGAGCAAUUUUCAGGCCACGUCUUGUUGAAUCCUUAAAGGGGAUUCCUUGCAAGCAGGUAAAAUGCAGAUCAUACUUUCAUCAUCACUUUUGUUGACUGAAUGGAAGUUAAUGGUUGGUCCGUAUUACAUGUUCAUAUUAUUUUUACUCUGACAUCUUUUGCUAUAGAUUUUAUCUUGUCUGAUAUUGUUUAAAAUUGUCUAUCAAGUCUUUCCAUGAAGUCUCCAAUAAAAUCCAUUUUAUAAUUCCAAUCAUAGUCACUUAAUUUACUGUAGUAUAUAGAGAGGGUAUUGCGAAUUGGUUUGCAACGGCCAAUUCGCGGCAGUCUUCUGAAUCGAUUAACUGAAAUUCUGGAUGAAUUCGUAAAAAGCUGCAAACCAAAAAGAUGGAAAAGUAAGUGUUUUGAAGGGGAUUCUCUUGUGGGAAUGAAAGAGGAGUUAUCAAAGUAGAGAAUGUUAUUUAAUAAAAUGAAUGUUAGUUUGUGCUAGAGCACGGUGUUUCUUUGACAGCCGAGACUCUGGAAGGUAAGUUUUUAACCAAAUUUUUGUUUAAUGAAGUUAGUCUUUUGCAUAUCUAAUUAGUACUAUAAUCUUUGUUUAGUUAUCAUUCAAGAAGAUCUAAGUCUAGAGAGAUAAAUCAAUCUAAUGGGGGUCGUUCUGAUAGAAGAAAACAUGAAGACGAAACAAAACAAAGAACUCAUGCCGAGGAGUGGAAUACCGACUUUAAAGGCAACCAUAAAAGGAAGCGCAGAAACAGAACUCCUGAUAUUGAGUUAGAAGAGAAAGAUAGGGAAAAAUAUCAUGAACACAGAAGGAAAAGCUCAUUUAAUACGAUUAAAGAUGACAGUAGCGGAAGGCGUGAUGAGUAUUCUGAGGUGGAUAGAGCAACUGUAAACAGGGACCAUGAA